AUGACUACAAUUAUUUUCUUAGGACUUGUCUGUGCAAUUUUCCUUCUCUUCUUUCAUAAAUCUAGGAAGGUCAAGCCUAGCACAAACCUUCCUCCGGGUAAAACCGGCUGGCCGAUUCUUGGUGAAACUUUAGAUUAUGUCCGACGCCCUGCUGAAUUUAUACGUGAUCGAAUGAUGAAACACUCUCAUGAUGUCUUCCAAACUUCAUUGGCAGGGGAAAAAAUCGCGGUUUUUUGUGGUCCAUUAGGUAACAAGUUCAUAUAUUCAAAUGAAGACAAAUUUAAGCCUUGGUUACCUCACACCUUUGUGAAAGCUCUCUCUUUGAAAUCAAUUGAUCGCGAUAUCCCAUCACUUAAAUUGUUCGUAGAGCAAUUACUAAACUUCCUUAAGCUCGAGUCCUUGCAACAAUAUAUUCAUGUUAUGGAUUCAAAGACACGCGAUCAUGUAGAGAUGUAUUGGGUGCCUUACGAUGAAGUAAAGGUUCAAUUUUUAUCUAAAGAGUUCACCUUUGAACUCAUUUGUCUUUUGUCGUUUAACUUCCAUGAGAUAGAUCAAGUGAAGGAAUUAGCUGAGCGUUUCAAUACUUUUGUUAAAGGGCUUAUGUCCGUGCCAGUGAAACUUGCCUGGUACGCAAUACAAUCGGGCUAUGAAGGCGUCGAAGGCUGUCCUAGACAACCUGAUUGA